GGAAAUCACAAGCUCGAAGUUGCUGAUUCAGUCCUCAGCUCUUCAUCCUCGCCGCGAGUUUCAUUCCUUCGAUCUCGACCUGCUGAGUAUGGCAGUGCAGUCAAAAAUGCUGCGACUCGCCCGCCCUGUGGCUGCCAAUGUGCGCCGUCAGAUGCUCGCCCAAGCUCAGCGUCGCACCUUUGCUGAUCGCAAAGACUCGCUCCUGAGCUCCGACCCGUCAUUCGCCAGCUCCCCAGCGCCUGUCAAGACCGAGAUACCUCUUGGACCUGGAGGCCCUGGUUCUCCUGCUCCUACUCCAGCGACCCCUUCGUCCGCCUCAACCAUUCCAAUAGAGAAUGUCCCCAAAAUCCCCCCUUCUCCCGCCCAAGUUCAAUCGACUCCUCCAACAACCCCAGCAUCAGUAAGCCCACCUGGCCCAGCCACGGAACCUCCUCCGCCACCACCCCCCAAGGCUGUCGCUCCGCCAGCUCCUAAACGCUUCCGACGCUUAAGAUUACUCUUUUGGCUGGCUCUGUUGACCGCAUUGGGCUACGGAGGCGCCGUCUUUUAUGCUCUACGAAGUGACAAUUUCCAUGACUUCUUCACCGAGUAUAUUCCUUUCGGGGAGGACGCCGUUCUCUAUUUCGAGGAAAGGUCUUUCAAGAAACGCUUUCCCAAUGCUAGACACAACGUUGCCAAACUCCCUCGAGUCGAUAAGCCUGAAGAUAAAAAGGUUACCAUUCCCUCACGAUCAGGACUCUCAUGGAGAGUGGCAGAAGACGAGAAAAAGGGAAGCGAUGUGACACAAAAAGGCAAACAUAACAGUGCCACGGAUGUCAACAAGACAGCACCAUCCAGCACCAAGGAUGCCGCCAAGCAAGACCCAAAAGCUGCGAAGGGAAGUAGCAAGUCUGCACCGGUCCAGGCUGUCAAGAAGGAUCGCGACACCAAGGCUGCCGAUUCGACUGCCGACUCCAAAAACGCAGCAUCAGAGUCUUCAUCUGUACCUCCGAGCCCCGCAACUCCAAGUCCCAAGUCUGAUCCACGACCACCCGCCAUCGCUCCUGUCACUGCUGUAUCCUCUCUGUCGGUUCCCAACGCCGAGGAGCCUGUAGUGCAAGAAUUAGUCAAGAUUGUCAACGACCUCAUCACGGUGGUCAAUGCUGACUCACCCGACGCUGCCAACAAAUAUUCUGCACCAAUCACCAAGGCCAAGGAUUCCCUUGCUGCUGUUGCCAAUCAAAUUCUUACCAUCCGUGAUGCCGAACGCAAAGCUGCCGAGGAGCGCGUGGCCCAGGCUCACCAGGAAUUCGACGAAGGAGCUAAACAGCUGCUGAAACGCAUCGAGACCGCCCAAGCUGAAGACGACGCCCGGUAUCGAGAAGAGUUUGAGAGCGAGCGUGCGCGACUGGCUCAACUUUACGAGGAGAAACUCAGGACAGAAAUCGAACGUAGCACUCAAGUCGUCGAACAACGCUUUAAGAAUGAAAUGUCUGAACAAGCGAUUGAAUUGAAGCGGAACUUCAUUGCACAAAUCAAAGACCUGGUUGAAUCCGAACGCGAAGGUAGACUAUCACAGCUUUCUAACCUCAGCACUGAUGUUGAUUCCCUCACCGAGCUCACCUCCAACUGGAACGGCGUGAUCGAUACCAAUCUGGCCACUCAAAAACUCCAAGUCGCCGUUGAUGCAGUGCGAUCCGCCCUCGCUCGAUCCGCCGCAUCAGACGCCAAACCUCGUGCAUUUGUGAGGGAGAUGGCGGCCCUGAAACUCGUCGCUGACGGUGAUACCGUGGUGGACGCUGCCGUCGCCUCAAUCAACCCUGCCGCCUACCAGAAGGGAAUUCCAUCCCAACCACAAUUGAUCGACCGCUUCCGACGCGUGGCCUCGGAAGUCCGCAAGGCGAGCUUGCUGCCAGAGGACGCUGGAGUAGCUUCGCACGCGGCCUCCCUGGUUCUAAGCAAAGUCCUGUUCAAGAAACACGGACAACCGACGGGUAACGACGUCGAGAGCAUCCUAACACGGACCGAGACCUUGUUGGAAGAAGGCGACCUGGACUCAGCGGCCCGGGAAAUGAAUAGUUUGAACGGGUGGGCCAAGGUUCUCAGCCGUGACUGGUUGAACGAUGUCCGCAAGGUCCUCGAGGUCAGACAGGCUCUCGACGUCAUUGAGACCGAAGCCCGUCUCCAGUGCUUACGAGUCGAAGGAGGAAAAUAGAGACGACGGCGUCCUUUUUUUUGGACAAACGUACUACCUAAGGUUCACGAGGCCGGGAUCCAUAGCUUUGCAAAGCCGGUUCUUCUUCCCACGCACUCGUAUGUACAUUUCCGGCGAGCUUAGCUCACACAAGCAAGUCACCUUGACCAUUUGUGAUAUACUUGGUGUGGUGAGGUGUUGUCCGAACGGGGGAUACACGUUAUCCAUUCGAAGGACAGUCCUAUAGGAGCUUCUGGCUCGCUACAUGUAUGUCGUUUUGUACCAUGGUUAGACAAAAAACAGAAAGAGUUGACCUAUGUAAGAAACUGGUUUGAGCGCCAAACUGUUACGUAUUGGGAUUAAAAUUAAAAUUAUAUACCUGUUGGUGA